CUCAUGGUGACCUUCAUUGUUUUGUUGCAUGGCCUCUGAGACUGGUUGUGAUUUCUCGGACUUUUGAAUUAUUUCAGAAUUUUGCUCAACAAACUUUCCCUAAAGGUUAUCUCGUCUAUCGAUAACAAUGUCAACCCGUGGUACUUACGCCUUGUCAGACUUUAUGAGACUAGAGAAAAUUGGGGAAGGCACAUAUGGAGUUGUGUAUAAAUGUAAAAAUAAAGUCAACGGGAAAUUUGCCGCACUUAAAAAGAUACGUCUCGAAAAUGAUGAAGAGGGAGUUCCUUCGACGGCUAUUCGUGAAAUAUCACUUCUAAAGGAAUUACAACAUCCAAACAUCGUGAAUCUGGAACAGGUUAUCAUGGAAAACGGACGAUUGUACUUAGUUUUUGAGUACCUAAACCUGGAUUUAAAACGUUACUUGGAUGACAGUGGGAGAAAAAACUUACUCGAGCCUGGUAUUGUCAAGAGUUUUAUGUAUCAAAUGCUCCAAGGUUUACUGUUUUGUCAUGGCAGGCGAGUUAUUCACAGAGACCUAAAGCCCCAGAAUAUCCUGGUUGAUGUCGGAAGAAAAAUUGUCAAACUUGCAGAUUUUGGUUUGGCUCGCGCUUUUGGGAUUCCUGUUCGUGUAUUAACUCACGAGGUUGUUACCUUGUGGUAUCGCGCACCAGAAAUCUUGCUUGGGGCUCAAAGGUAUUCUUGUGCCAUAGAUAUUUGGUCAAUGGGCUGUAUCUUUUCGGAAGUCGCAACCAAAGAGGCUUUGUUUCGAGGAGAUUCGGAAAUAGACCAACUUUUUCGCAUCUUCCGGCUCCUUGGUACUCCAUCUGAAGAAGUUUGGCCAGGAGUUUCAAGUUUACCAGAAUAUCAAAAGAAAAGUUUCCCUGUUUGGCGCAACUCAAAGUUGUCUAUUCAAGAUAAUAUAGCUAAAGCCUUCGACACUUCUGGUCUUGAUUUGCUUCAGGCUAUGCUAAUCUAUGAACCUUCACGGCGUAUUACUGCAAGGGAUGCACUUUUACAUCCUUAUUUUUCUGACUUAGACAAAGCUCUUGUACCGGCAACUGGUGAAGAGUAUAUUGGUUUACCAUUAGAUCAAUUACCGCGUGAAGUUGCUGCUAUAUUUUUAGCUGAUGGAGGUGAAGUAUAUCAUAAUUCUAAUAAUAAUGAAAAUAAUACUAGUAAGUUAUGUCCAACCGUCCAACCUGAUACGAUACAAUUAGGAAGUGCUGCAAUUCCUACAGCGAAAUAUUUAUCUGAUUGCAAAAAACAAGCACAUCAAGUAGUUGUAGAUACAGUAAAUUCUAAAUCUAGUCAUCAUGUGGCAGCACCGUUAGCAGAUAAUCAUGAAACUAAUAUGUCAAUUAGUUAGUCAGUUUGUGAAAACAUUGAAAAUUUAGCUUUCUUUUUUUUACUAUAUAAACUACUAGUUAUUUUCUAAUUUUGUCAUUAUUAUUAUUAUUAUUAUUGCAUUUCCGAUUAUUAUGUAAAUGUUGUUAUUCCGAUUAUUAUAUAAGCUGUUGGUGCGUUUUUGUGUGUUUCAUAAUUCUUUUUCAUAAGGGAUAUUUUGUGUAAUGAAUAUUACCUACUUCCAUCUAUUAGUUGUGUGUGUGUGUGUGUGUAAAAAUUUUGGAUUUAACAAAUCAUUGUACUUUAAACUGUGGAAAACUAAUAGUUCUAUUGUUUCGAUUGUUGAAUACGUACCUUGAACUCUUACUAUUUAAAUUUAUAGAUGUCAUGCUGCCAGUCUGUAAUUUUCAUCAACCCACCGGUAUUCAACUCAUUCCACGAGCUCAAUAUUAAAAGCCCCUAAUUAAAAAAAAUACACGUAUCUGUUGUUUACACUGAAUAGUUGUUUGCCAUACGACAACUACAAUGGCAGUAAAUUGUGUAUAAUUAAUUAGAUACUUUUACUGAAGUAGUCCAUCAUCGUGUUGGC